CUCACGUGACUCAGUUCUGGGCUCCUGCCUCGAGCGAGAGGCUGCGCUGCGAUGGGGCUGCUGGACUGCCGGUACCGGGGCGCGGGGGGGGGGAAGGGGGAAGGGGGUGGGGGGAAGGGGGAAGCCCCCCGGCAGACGCUUCCCGCUCCGCUGCCUGACACCCCCUCCCGUUUCUCCCGCGCAGGUGCCUCCUGCUGGCGCUGCUCCGGCUGCUCGCCUUGCUCCGCUUGGACGCCGCCGCCGCCGCCUUCGGGUGGGCUCCGGAGCCGGACCAGCUUUUCCAGUAAGCGGCCUCAGCGGGGCCGGGCGACGGGGAAGAGGCGGUGGCGGGGCCGGGCCUGGGGCGGAGGGCGCCGUCGGGGCAGCAGGACGGGCGCUUGGGCCCCUCGGGGCUCGCUCGCCGCCCGUCUCCCGCGAAGGAGGCGUCUCCCAGCCGGGGCUCGACCGAGGGAGGCCGACCGCGGAGAUGGGCAGCCGCGGACCCCAAGCGCCCGUCGGGCUGGAGGAGGUUGGGGUCCGGCUGGCAGGAAUGUUGUUAUUAUUAGGGGGUGGGUCUGGUUGGGGGACGGAAGCCCCCUUUGGCCUUGCCAGCUGAGCUUGCCGGAUCCCCAUCAGUCUCCUGUGAAAUGGGUGCAGGGUGUUAAUUCCUGGUUCCCCUGGGGGAAAAGCUGGAUUUGGCUGGCGCUGCCAGACUUGGGCACUGCUCUUGCCUCCGCUGCCCACACUCUGCCGCACUCUGCCAGCUUGUUGCCACCUGUGACAGCCGUGUCUCUUUCCCAGGAUCCCGGAGGGAUGGAGCUGUCUGGGUCGAGUGGCUGCCUCCGAGGCGCUGAGCCUGACCUUCGCCCUCCGGCAGCAGAAUGUGGGGCGCCUGGAGGAGCUGGUGCAACGAGUCUCCUCUCCAGACUCUCCAGAGUAUGGUAAUGCCCCCCUUCUCUCUCUGCCCCCUGCUUCUGCCCCUCCUGCUGGGGCUUCCAUGCUCUCUCAGUACAGCCAAGAGAGCCGGCCUCCUUGUGGCUCAGGGCCAUGUUUCAUAUGUCCUUGGAGGACUGCGCAGGGUUCUCCUUACGACGUCUUCUAAGGUAGGGACAUCCUGUUCCUGGGCUCCCUUGCAGCACUUUGGAGGCCGAGGCUGGCAGCCUCUCACAGUGCAGCCCUCGCAGUGCCUCCCAGGCAGUGAGUCCUACUGAGCGCAGCGGGACAUGGUCCUGUGUGCAAGGAUUGCAGCCGCAAGGAGUUUGUGGCCCUGGGGACUUCCUGCUCAGCUUCUCUUGCACAAUCUUUGGCGCUCUGGUGGCUCCCUGGGAGGAGCAGCUCGUAGGGUUUGUGGGAGGAAGGCAGGCAGGCAGAUUUCCUCUUCCCAACUCCAAGGCCGUCUUUACCCCACAGGACCAUCUUGGGGUUUUCCUGUGCCCUCUUUUUCCUGAGAGGGGGGAGUCGGCUAGCCUAGGAGUCCCUAGCAGAGCUCUCAGCCCCAUUCCUAGGCUUCUGCUCCCAGGGCUCUCAGGGGAAGCCUGUCAGUCAAGGGGGAGCAGAAGUGGCACCUUCAACAGGAGGUGGGCAGACCGAGCAGGCGCUGGCAACCAGCAGUGGAAGACUGUGCCCUUGCUUGGCUGCCCAGCUCCCCUGACAGUCGGGGGGUGGAGGGAGACCCCUGUGACCCUCUGAGGUAGGUGGGCCACCAGAAGUCUCCUUCCCUCCCUCCACGCUGCCCUUUGUCUCGCAGGCCGGUUCCUGUCUCUGGCGGAGGUGCAGGCCCUGGUCGCCCCCUCCCCGCAGACGCUGAAUGCCGUUCGCAAGUGGCUGGAGGCUCAUGGGAUCUGGGACUGCACAGACGUGGGCACCAAGGACUUCUUGCAGUGCCUGGUGCCAGCCGGGUGAGUUGGGACGUGGGGGCUCUUUGGGCAAGGGGAGGGCACAGAAGGCACCCUGAGCUCCCCCCACAGCUGACCCUGAUCCGAGGCUUCUCCAUGCAGCACGGCAGAGCAGCUCCUCCCGGGGGCACAGUUCCAGCGCUACGUCAACGGGGAGCGAAGCGUCGUGAGGUCCCCCUUUGCCUACACCCUAGCAGAGGAGCUGGCAGAGCACCUGGAUUUUGGUACGGAAGCCUUGGGGAAACGGGGAGCGGCACCAUGGGGCGCUCUGUCCGCUGUGUGCAUGAGCCCAGACUGCCAGGGAAUGUCCGGGGGGGGGGGGGAGAGUGUCUUCACCCUGCCAAGAAGUUGGUGGUGAUGAAGGGAGGGCGGGCUGGACUGAGGAGUUCUCACCCCCCGCCCCCCGGUCAGCCUUGAGCCUUGGGCUGAGCAAAGUCUGCUUUAGGUGCCCCCUUCCUUCUGCCCCAGGAUAACCGCAGCCUCUUCUUCUUCUCCUCCUCCUCCUCCCAAUUCUCAGUGGGGGGGCUUCACCGCUUCCCUGCCGAGAGGAAGGCAGUGAGUAGGGCCUGGACUGCUGGGAAAGCGCUGCUCUCCACCUUUCACCUGGGGGUGACGCCGGCUGUGAUCCGCCAACGGUACAACCUGACUAACAAGGACGUGGGCAGCUCCCACAACAACAGCCAGGCCUGUGCCCAGGUAACUGGGGGGGUGCCCCCCCGGCAGCCUCUCCAUUCCCUCAGUGCCCUUCAGGGGAGCGGCCCCUGGCAAUGAGGUGUGCUGGGUCUGGGUGCCCCACGCCUGCCUCUUCUCCUUCCCCCCCAGUUCUUGGAGCAGUACUUCCACCAAGCGGACCUGGCGGAGUUCAUGGGUCUCUUUGGGAAGAGCUUCCCUCACCAUCUGCGCGUGGACCAGGUGGUCGGGCACCAGGGCUGGGGCAAGGCCGGCCUGGAAGCCAGCUUGGACGUGGAGUACAUCAUGAGCUCUGGGGCCAACAUCUCCACCUGGGUCUUCAGCAACGGUGGUACUGACCAGCCCCCCAAGGGAAGGGCUCCAACCUCUCUCUUGCCUCUCCCAGGGGAAGUGGGGUGGGGCAGGAACCCCCUGUGAUGUGGCUGCCUGGCUGCUUUCUCUGCGCCACCCUCAUCCUGGGACCAGUCGGGGCUGAGUGCUCUACUGGAAGAUGCUGGGAGGCUGGCGGACUCUGACCCUCUCUCUGUCCCCCAUUCCAGGAUGAGGCAGACGUUUGGGAGGCAGGAGGGGGGUCUCUGGGGCUGGCCUGCCCCCAUCCCACCUCUCCCUGUUUCCUGUGCAAGGUCGGCUCCCCGUGGGCCCUGCUGAUAUUCUUUCUCCCCUCGCCUCCCCCAGGGAGGCAUGAGAGCCAGGAGCCUUUCCUGCAGUGGCUGCUUGUGCUCAGCAACAUGUCUGCCCUGCCCUGGGUGCACACGGUCAGCUAUGGCGACGACGAGGACAGCCUGUCCCGGGCGUACAUGGAGCGGGUCAAUGUGGAGUUCAUGAAGGCAGCCGCGCGAGGCAUGAGCAUCCUCUUUGCCUCAGGUAGGUGGAGGCAGGCAGCCUGAACCCUUUGGUUCCCCUCCCUCGAAACACAAAACUGUCUCUGGUGGCACUUUGGCCUCCAUGUUCCUCCCGCUCUGCCACUGUGCCAUCAAGGGAAGCCUGUGAGGGGCAGGGCCUUCUUGGUUGUGGCACCUGCCUUUGAAAUUUGCUCCAAGAAGGGAGAUGCAUCUGGCUAUCUCUUUGUUGGCUGGGUGAACAUCUCCUCCUGUCAGAAGAUCUUCUCAGUGGUGUGUCUGCCUGCCUUGUAGGAGGAAGGCAGGGACAAGAUUUAUGUUGACUUGGGACAUUUUAUUGUCCUCUUUGGCAAGCUUGUGGUUUUAGGCUGUGAUUUAUAUCGUGUGUUAAAGCGCUUUCAGGGUUUGUUAUUUUAGUACAUAGUAUUGCUUAAACACCCCUUAAUGUUGUGUUGUAGGCUGCUUUGGUACAUUUACCAUAAAAUGUAUUAAUCUGAAGAAUUUUUACCUCACUGGUUAAUUUCAAAAACAAUUGCAAGGCAGUUUUCCAAAUGUAUAAUUAAAAACAUCAAACAUAGAAUCAAUGGUAUAGAAUAAAACAGUAAUGGCAAUGAAAUAGUGUAGCAGCAACAUUUCAAAAAGACAAUAAAAUUCAGGUUGCUGUCGAUAAAGCAGGUUGCCCAGGCCGCUAAAGCAGUUUCCAUGGUGUGCCUGAAAGGGUAGAGCGGGGGGGGGGGGGGUGGAGGGAGUGAAAGUGGCUUGCAAGUGCCGCCACCAACUGGCCAAGUCUUUGGCUGCCCUUUCCCUGCAGGUGACUCUGGAGCAGGUUGUCGGUCAGUCCAUGGAGGGAAGCACACCUUCCGGCCCAGCUUCCCAGCCUCCAGGUGAGAGGAGAGGAAGGCGCCGCGAGGGGCAGGUGGGGCUGGCGAAGGGGGUCCUUGACCCAGAUCCACUCACAGAGGCCUGGCCCUUCCGCAUCCCCCUGAGCUUUAUGCAGACCUGCUCUUGCCUUUCGAAGCCCUUCUCUGAAACCAGGGCAGUGAGCCGCUUGCGUAUUUUCCAAAAUGCAGGGAUUCUGUAGCAGAUACUAGAUCUCAAAUCUGCAGCCUUACUGGGUAUGGGCUGUGGCUUGGCAGGGGAGCCCUCCUCCUGCUCCCUGCCCUUGGACGGAAGCAGAAUCUUCUUGGGGAGGGGUCUGCGUUCUGCCCCCCUCAGCCACACUGGGAGCUGCUGGAGGGCUGCCUGUGUCUUGCCAGUCAUCCUGGGGGGCUGGGAGCCCCUGGUCUGUCGGUGCCUUUGUGACGCCUUGCCUUGCUGUGCCCACAGCCCAUACGUGACCACAGUGGGGGGGACGUCGUUCCAGCACCCCUUCCUGGUCAGUGCUGAGGUCACGGACUCCAUCAGCGGGGGAGGCUUCAGCAAUGUCUUCCCGAUGCCAAAGUACCAGGUGAGUCCCAUGCCACUCGCAAGGUGCCAUCGUGGCUCCCUGCUGGCUCCGGCACAGUCAUGUAUCUGUUGACCCAUCAUGGCAGAUUUCAGCCAGCAGCUCCUGGGCCCUUUGGGGUUUUCUAUGAUCCAUUAUGGAACUCCUUGCCACAAGCCUUCUUUAAAAUUGUGAACAUUUGCAUAAAUGGCUUUUACUGUGGUGAAGUGGUGAAUUUUGAAGCGCAGGAGCUCACCCUGAAGGGCUGCCAAGCCCCCCCCCCCCAAGAGUCCAGAAAUGAAAGAUCCUCCCAGACAGGUGGGACUUGGGAUCCCUCACCCAGGACCCGUCUCAGCUCUGCCUCCUUCCUCUUCUCGUCUCUUCCCUCAACAGACAACAGCUGUGAAGCGGUUCCUGAGCACGACCUCCAAGCUGCCACCUUCCAGCUACUACAACAAGACGGGCAGAGCCUACCCAGACCUGGCCGCGCUCUCCGACAACUACUGGGUGGUGUCCAACCGCAUCCCCAUGCCCUGGGUCUCCGGGACCUCGGUGAGGCGGCUGCCUGCAGGCUCUUGAGCGUUGCCCGCCUGGUGCCCGCUCCUGGGCAGGGCCGUCUGCGGGUGCUGGGCCUCACUCCGCCUCUUCUCCCCCGACAGGCCUCGACUCCUGUGGUGGGGGGCAUCAUAGCUCUGAUCAACGACCGGCGCCUCCAGCGAGGGCAGCCCCCCCUGGGCUUCCUCAACCCCGCCCUCUACCGGCUCCAGGAGAAGGGGAACAGCACUGCCCUCUAUGACGUGAGUGUGGGAAGGGGCUGGGGCCGCAUCCUGCUGAAGCAGCUUGGUCCUUGGCUUUGCCAGCGGUGCGUGGGGUGUGUGCACGCAACACAGCAGCAUUUUGCUUGCCGCAUGGGGCAAAGAGCUGCUCUGCCUGACGACACGCUCUUCCCCUCUCCUCCUGCCAGGUGACCACGGGCUGCCACUACUCGUGUCUAGAUGAAACUGUGCAGGGCCAAGGAUUCUGUGCGGCUCCUUCCUGGGAUCCCGUCACCGGCUGGGGGACGCCAAACUACCCAAAGCUCCUGUCUGCCCUGCUGGGCUAGGCGGCCACAUCACACUUGCAGACAUCCAUGGCACUUGGCCACUCAACAGCCGGGGUGUUGAGAGGUCUUGCCUGGUGUCCAGCAGCCAAAGCCACAUCUGCUCAGGGGAAGGAGUGGGUGGGUUGGGAAUCUCAGGCUGCAAGAUGGAGGCGGGGGCAUUUCAGAGGGCCUGCCCCUGCCUCCAUUGCAGGACCAAAAAGUGUGCAUUAGCCUAACAGAAAAGACAGUGGAAGCAGAAAUAUGCAAACAUUCAUCUCUGUAAAUCUAUAGUGGUACGUCGGGAGGAGAAGGUGCAACUAAAAGCUAACAGUCUAAAUUGUGUUUUGCGUGUGAAAUACCUUGACGUGGAAAGGGUUGUGGUGUUUCUCUUAGCAAAUGUGAGAACUGUGCAUCUACAGCAACACAGGAGAAGUCCCAUUACUGGCAAAUCAGGUAGGGGGAGGGGUCACAGGGUGUGCCUUUCUGCACUUAAAGGUGUGAUGUACCCCCCUCCCCAUACUCUCUGGAUGAAGUCCUGCCUCUAGGAAACCUAACUCCAUCCCCAAGUGCUCUUCACAAGCUCCAACUGGAAACUACCUCAUUGGAGUGAAGAUGGGGGUUGCCCUCCCUGUUGGCGCUGUGUCUCCCGGACCCACUCAUGGGGGGCCCACAAGAUGCAAUGCCAGUGAGUCCCUCUCUAUGCCACAACUGCUCCCUAAGCAGAAGGCCUUGCUUGGGUCCUGGCCCCGAUCCUGUCCCACCUGCAGGAACUGCUUUGCCAGCACUACUUGGGCACGAUUUGCAGGUUGGGGGAUUUUUGGGUGGAGGGAGCCCAGUUCAAUGCCUCCAUUGCCUGGGAAAUCUUUGCCAGGCAGGCCCCCCCCCUCAUUCUUUCCCUCCUGCUCCAAGGUCAAUGGAGGCAGCACUUCUUCCCCCAUUCCUACCCCCUAAUUUGCACUAGAGCAUUUAAUGUAGAAAUACGGAUAUUCUUCCUCCAAUAAUGGAUUUAUAUAUUCAGCUUUGAUAAUUCUAAAUACAAUUACUUAUGGUUGUGAUUUCUUUUAAAAACAACAGAUUUGUGGUGUCUCAGGUUCAUGGGUGUGAAUGCAAAAGCAGAGCAAUAAAUAAAGACUUUGGAGACUUUGGGCUG